AUGGCCGAGUCACAGCACACUGAAGGGAUAGAGGGAUCACCAGACACGGGGGCACGCACCAGGUAAAAGAGAAAAAGAAGGGAAAAGGCUAAGCAUGUCCAACGUAGAUGUGGUACAGCGCACAGCCGCUGCACUCCCCUCAAAAUUCGAGACCGUAAUGGCUGCCGCUGCCACUACCGCUACCGCCACGGCCGCUGGAGUUGGGGUGGGAGUUGGAACUGGGACAGCCACCACAACUCCAAGUAGCGCUGCUGCUGUCACAAUGGCGUCGACUAAACCCACUACAACAUCUUCCUCCUCUACGUCGAUAGCGACAGCGAUCUCGACGACAACUUCAAUAACUUCAACAACGACAGCACCACCACCAAAAACUUUAGGAACAACUACAAUAUCAUCUCCAACGCAAAUAGGGGUAAUUGGAAUCAAAAGGACAAGAAACGGAGACCAUAAAGAAGGCAGGAAUUCAAAAAGUAGGCAGAGGCCUUUUACCAAGAGCAUGGAGCCUCCAGUAUUAUCAUUUUACGGCACGCAGCCAGUACCUCUACCCUCGCGAUUUGGCAGUCUUAAAAAGCGUCUCGUCGCAGGCCACGAGUCCGCGCUAGAAGCAUCGUGGGGACGGCUUCUGGCCGCGCUGCGCCAAGAGAUCAAGUAUAUCGAAGAGCACGGCUCCGGUUUGAUCCCGUCAAUUGACUUCACCGACAUGGAAGACGCCGCCAAAGUCGCGCCGUUCGGAGAGCAGCUAAAGCGACACGGCAUCGGCGUCAUAAGAGGCGUCGUCCCCUCUGCAGACGCGAGCUCUUGGGUCGAGGAGACCAAAAAGUAUCUCGAGACGAAACACGAGUAUAAGCCGCCGCCGGCACAGGAUCCUACCUGUUUCGACUUCUUCUGGACUCCCGCGCAGGUACGCUCGCGCGCGCACCCUAACGUUUUGCAGGCGCAGCGGUUCGCCAUGUCGCUAUGGAACGCGAAUAACGACGACCGACUCGCGACGAGGUUCCCCAUCACGUAUGCGGACCGAAUCCGGAUAGAGUCGGUGUCGAACGGCCACCUCACCGUAAAUGGGGCUCUCGCCGCAACGCAUGAGGACACCUUGAUCGCCGCUGCGGCUGCGACAUCGUCUGCGCAGAUCGCGCAGAUUGACAACGGUAGUCUGGAGCGUUGGGAGCAGGACGGCUACGGACGUGGUGGUCUUUACGAUGCAGUCUUCAAGGGCGACUGGGAAUCCUACGAUGCGUGGGACCCGGCGGGACGCAUCAACGCAACAUCUGACUUAUACAAUGGCGCAGGCGCGUGUUCUAUGCUGCGCUUAUUCCAGGGCAUUCUCGCGUUGACGGUAGUCGAGCCAGGGAUGAUUCGACUGCUGCCUUCGCCAAAGCUAUCAACAGCUUAUUUUCUUCUCCGACCCUUCUUUUCACCAAAGAAGGGACCGCCUCAACAGGGCGCCAGCGAAGAGGAGUGGAAUGCAUACCUGGAUGCGUCGAACUGGGCCCUUGAUAAAGACCAGUCGACAAUAAUACACGGUGCAGUCCCGGGUCAUGCGCAGCGUGUGACAGCACCGUGGCACCCCCAUCUGCAACUCGACAAGAGUCUCGUAACGCCGCCUACACUACAGGCUGGCGACUACAUAAUCUGGCAUCCGGACCAGGCGUACCAAUUCUCCAAUACCAACUACCGCACCAGCAGCCGGCCGCAGACAUCCUCUAGCGAACCUGGAGCCGGCGAUACGACCUCCAUGCUGGUUUACACACCCGCAGCACCCCUAACCCAAACCAACGCCCUAUUCCUCGCACGCCAGCGCAAAGCUUUCCUUCGCGGCCACCCAGGUCCAGACUUCGACUCCACCGGCACAGGUCUCGGCAGCGAGGCGCCGCACACCGGCCGUCUCGGCGAGAAAGACAUCCGAGAAGUAGGCGGCCAGGAGGGGCUGCAAGCGAUGGGUCUUGCGCCGUGGAACCUAGCCAGCAGCAGUAGCAACAACAGCACCAAAAGCAGUAACAACAACAAUAAUAGCAGCAGCAACCACAAGCAACACGCAGCACCGAAGGAGAAGAGAAACGCAGACGUAGACAACAUGGACGUCGACGCGCCCAGCAGGAGCAGCAGCCGCGACAGCAGAAGCAGCAGCACAAGCAGCAGCACGCACGCCGAAGCCGAAGUAGUGCGCCUAGCCAACAUCAUCCUGUUCCCCGACCGCUACGACUUCUACAUGCCGACGCGGGUCAGCAGUCCCUCUCCAGCAGGCCGGGACCGAGGCGAGAAGGAGAGGGAGCGCGAGCGCGAGCGAGACAGGGGUAAUAGGGAGCGGGAAAACUCGGACCGGGAUAAGGAUAGAGACAAGGGGAAAGAAAGAUAAAAGAGAAAUAAAUUACCUAGGUACAUAAACGAGAGCAGGUGCACAAGAAAGAAAGAAAAUACACUAAACAUGGACGGGGGCGGUAAGGCAUGACUUGAUAAAUGGGAAAUGGGUAGGAAAGGGGUCGGGGUUGCAUAGGCCUGGAUGGCUUGCUAGCCACGCAUGCGAGUUGCUGCUUAUUACUACCAUAUUCAAAGCUGUAUAUACGUUACUUCUCUCUGUCUCUCUUCCUCCCUCUCUCUUCCGCAGAGAUACGCAUCACGAGGUAGAGGUAGCUGACAUAGAUAGGAUAGGAUAGGACGGAGAGACUGACAAGCCAUUUGAGUCAGUUCAAGUUGGGUCAGGCUUAAUUGAACUAUGACACAUUAGGUCCCUUGAUUCUAUCAUGAACGUCCAGUCUCCCCUUUUUGCUAUCGUGAUGAUGUCUCUUAAAUA